GCUAUCCCGCGACAACAUGGAGACUUCCUUGGGGACGACCCCUGUGGGAAGCGCGCCAGAGGCGGAGAAAGAUACUGAAUUGCAAGAGCAUGAAAAGAUUUUGUCUUCCAAUUUUCUUUCAAUGGACCAAAUCACUGAUUUGCUAAAAGAAAAUGUAGAUGGAAUUCAAGAAAAAAUGGGCACAUUUUUGAAUUUCAGACAUCUUCAAACUUGUUUAAAGGAAGGCAUUCUACUAGAUUAUUAUGUGUCUGGAUUUUUGUGGGCUAAAGGAAUGGAAUUUUCUAUUACUCAAUAUUCAAAAUUUAUGACUUUACUGGAUAUGUUGCUUCAUAAUCUUAGAACCCUACAUAUGUCCCUAGAAGACAGCAUAAAGUGGCUUGGGGAAGUUAUGGCUGAAAUUGGACCAACCCAGUCACAAAAAAAUGAGGAACAGAAUGUCUUUAAUAUAGAACAAGCCAAUGCUAUCAUUGAUUACUUAAAAAUCAGCUUAUUUCAACAUUACAGACUGUAUGAGUUUCUGUUCUUCUCUACCAGGGAAGAAAUUGUGAUAGGAACUGAGCAAGUGAUAGAGGUUGUCAAGACUUCWGUCCACCCAUUCCCAGAGCCUCUGGUGGAAGGAAUCUCAUUUGAUAUUCAUUCAACAUUCAUAGAGCCACCCUCCACCUCAGAUAUGGAAAUGAAGGGGUUGGAUCAAGAACAAGGCCCUGAGCACUCCCAGUCAGAAUCUGACACUUCAGACAUGGAUCCUUUAGUUGGCUUCACCAUUGAAGAUGUAAAAUCAGUCCUGGCUCAAGUCACAGAAGACAUUUUAAAAGGCAUUCAGACCGAGAUAAACGAAAAGCUGCAAAUACAGGAAGAGGCCUUUAAUACACGAAUAGAAAAAUUGAAAAAGGCCUGAGGACUCAGAACAAGAAGAGUGAUGCUAAACUUCACAGAAACAAACAAAACAAGCCAGAAUAAUAGAUUCUCUCAAGCAUCACAUCUUCUUCAUUUAGUUGUGAAAGGAAAACCAAGCCCCACUUUUUACUAUCCUAAGUAAUUAGAAUACUAUUGGCCCCAAUUUUGCCAUCUCCUAUCCCAUAACAACCUCUGAAUUUAUUGCACUGCAUGUAAUGAAAGUGUUUUGUAUACAAGAGUUUGGAGAAAUUAUAUAUAAAAAUAUAAUUACUUUUAUGAUAGUCCUUUGACAUUUUGACUAAUAAACACUAUUCAUCUU